CCCGCGCUGCCGUGACGUAAUCGUCGCGACGGGGGGCGAGCGGGCGCCGGGCCCGGAAUCGGUCCAGGCCGCCAUGACCAAACUGGGGCAGUGGCUGUGCGGACUCGUCCUGCUGGGCUCGGCCUGGGCCGCGCUGGCACUGGCGCCGCCGGGGCUGCGGUUGCCGGCCCCGUGCCGGCAGGCCCUGCUGCCCCUGCCUGUCUACCUGCUGGUGGCCUUCGGCUGCUACUCCCUGGCCACCGUGGGCUACCGCCUGGCUACCUUCAACGACUGCGAGGAGGCAGCUGCCGAGCUGCAGGAGCACAUCAGCGCGGCACGGGCAGACCUGAGCCGACGAGGGCUGCGCUUCUGA